AGUGAGGUUGUCAGGGUGUGCGACGUUCUGCUUGAAGCCGAAGAGCACAGGCGGAGUGUUACGCUAGUACGGGGAAGCACAUCGUUGUGAGGCGCGGUGGGACUCAACGAGAAUCCGAAUCAUUUUUAAUUGAUACUGAAAUCUGUAAUAUAAAAUGGCUGACCAGCUGACCGAGGAACAGAUUGCUGAGUUCAAGGAGGCGUUCUCGCUCUUCGACAAGGACGGCGACGGUACCAUCACCACCAAGGAGCUGGGCACAGUGAUGCGCUCGCUGGGCCAGAACCCCACCGAGGCCGAGCUGCAGGACAUGAUCAACGAGGUCGAUGCCGACGGAAACGGAACCAUCGACUUCCCAGAGUUCCUGACUAUGAUGGCUAGGAAGAUGAAGGACACGGACAGCGAGGAAGAGAUCCGAGAGGCCUUCAGAGUCUUCGACAAGGAUGGUAAUGGCUACAUCAGUGCGGCGGAGCUGCGGCACGUGAUGACCAACCUGGGGGAGAAGCUGACGGACGAGGAGGUUGACGAGAUGAUCCGGGAGGCCGACAUCGACGGUGACGGACAGGUCAACUACGAAGAGUUUGUACAGAUGAUGACUGCAAAAUGAACGCGCACAGAAAGGACCACUCCAGGACAAACACUGGGCUAUUCCUCCUCACCGUCAGCAUCCAACAAGCAUUCAGACCCUUCUCUUCUUUUUGCAUCUGCCCAUUUUUCCUUCUUUCCAUCCCUCAGAUCCUCCUGCUGCAGUUUAUAUGGAUUGUUUUCAUUUUUCUCUGUCUCCCUCCCUCUUUCAUUCCUUACAUCCAUUCAUUGUCCCUUUCAUCAUAGAAUAAUAUGUACGUAUACAAUACAAAUCAAAGAAUAUAAAGGACAGAUGACCAAACAAUUAAACAAUAUUUUUAAAAGUUAUAAAGAGAAAGCAAAUGGACAAGAGAACUGCAUGCUUAUUUUAUUACUUUUUGAAUGACGUGUUUGUAAAUGUUAAUUCUUUCUGUCCAGCUUGCCCUCCUGUUUCUAAUUUGCCACCGCCAAAGGGCCUGCUUGAGCUCUCUUUGCAGUGAGGUCAGGAGUUUUUUUUUAUUUUCGAUUUUUUAUUAAACGAAACCCUUAGUAACCGAUUGGCACAGAAAUGCACUGACCCCCGCCCCCAGCUGCUGCUUACUAUCCAAAAUCAACAGCCAUUCCAACAACCUCCCUCGUUCCAUUCUGAUUCUGAAAGGAUCCCAUUCGCUACUGGAAGAUGACAGCAGUGGAAAAUGUUUUGGACAAAAAGCAAGAUGCUUCACACCUUGUGCGUGCAUGCAGUGCUUAUAUUUGUGCGUGGAGCCGAGCAAAUAUUUAGUUGUAGUGUAGUGAUUUUGACCUGAACUGCAGUUAUAACCACUAAAUUCGCUGGGUUUGGAGUGCCAUCCUUUAACUGGAGAUUUUAGACUAGGGAGGGAAGAGGCAGGAAACUCGAAGCACCUCUACUCUGAAAGGCGGAGGUUGAGUCAGCAGCACAGAUGAUGGCUUCUUUACCGGUAGUAGCAUUUUUAGUCAUUCAGCGUUGAGUGGUGGCACACAGCAGAUGUGAUCCAAAGAAAUUAUUGUUUCUUUGGAGCAAGUAAUUUCAACUCCCCCCUUCUACUUGAAACUCAAGCUCUUUAAGGCCAUCUGGAGGUAAAAUUUGUGGGCUCAGGCUUUUAAACGCUUCAGUUAAAAUUAGUUUUCAGCAUUCCUUGUUUGCCAGUUGAGGAAUCAUUCCAGCUGAAUCAAUUUUGAUGGAAAGGCUAUCCAAUAAUGAAUAUACUUGUUUACGUAGAUUGAUUUUUCUUGCAUGGACCAAAGAACCAGUCAUCGCUUUGAUUAAAAAAUGGAAAAAGCAGAGCCUUUAAAAUUGAAAUACACCCUUUUGACUAUACCCUACGGUGUUCUGAACAUCAGUCGAUUUCUCGCAUUGUAAACGGACAAUCUUCUUCCGUAUUCAAAUUUGAUUAAAAGUUUUUUUUGGUUGAAAAACAUCAGUUUUGUAAGGGAAAAUGUUAGUGAGUAAUAAUAGUUUUUUGACUUGUGAAAGUGACUGAAUCAUUCCUCGUGAACGUGUGUGAUCACUGAUGCAUGAAGUGGUGAACGACGUCUUAAAGAAUGCUGCAUAUAGUAUUUCAGCCAACCGAGCUGAACAUUGGGCUGUAGAGAUCUGCUGUGUUGCAUUGCAUAGCCUGGCUGCCUUCACACUCUAAUAUACUGGCGUUUUCUCCAUUUUCUUUUCACUCGUGGUGAAUUGACUUUUUUUUUUUUGUAACCGAUUCUGUUUUUUUUUCCAGUUUGUUUUGAAAAGAUGUAGGGUUCCCAGCUGUUCCUGCUCUUGACCUUAGUCGUAGGAGGAUAUUGCAUUCCAUUGCGGACUUCUUGUUGGUUGUCUUGCUUAUUAAACUCUUGGACCAAGUGUUUCUAA